AUGGCGGGAAAAAAGCGCAAAGCAUCAGACAUCGACUCAGCUACACAAUCAGCUACCAACAUGUCUUCUAUUCCAACUGGAAACGGAACUCGCAAGAGACCUACGACCAGAGGAAAUAAUGGUAAAAGCAGCGCCGCCGACAAAGGCGUCACACAGAGUCCUGCAACCGUACCCAGACCGAGAAAGACCAAGAAAUCCCCCAGUGAUGAGCAAGUCGAAGCGCACCCUGCCGCAACAUUCAAGACACCAAGCAAUCCUCAAGCGACCUUUGAAGGCCUUCCUGCAGAGCUGCGUCUCCAAAUCUACAACGUGCUAUGCGACUCAACCCUCGUCCACGUGCACAAGCAAACCAGCGACGGCCGCCCAAUACAUGUCUACGAUCCCAGUGUCCAGAAGCCGGUCGGCCCCGUGAAAUACACCUGGACACCCUGCCGGCAGCCGAAUCCCAAGACGCCUCUUCUGUGCGCAAACCCAAAGUGGUCGGGCAUGUGCAAGGAGGAAGACCGCUGCACGCACAAACUGGACGCGCCGCCGGAGCCCCGAGGCUUCUGGGCCCUCGCAGCCAGCAACAAGGCCAUCCGCAACGAAGCCCGCGAGUUCUUCCUCCGCAGCUCCAUCUUCUCGGUGCACCCCAACGACUUCUCCGACUGGAUCCGCCAUGUGCAACUCCAUUUCCCGCACCACAUCAAGCAUAUCCAGCGCAUCACGCUGGCGGGCCCGGACUCCGCGUAUGCCUCGGCACAGCUCAAGAUGAUGCAUGUGCGCGAGUUCCUACCGCAUCUAAAGGGCCUUGGGAUCCAGUGCCAGAGUCCAGUCUGGACUUGGAUUUCGCGCUAUCCCGCUAAUGAUGACUUGGAAAUCAGCGAGGAUGCUUGGAAGUAUUGGCGCGUCCUGGGUUGCGCGGAUGGCUGGGCCCCGUCCGUCACGAUUGCCCUGGAAGCCAUGAUCUGGCGGAAGAAGAGGAAUGCUGUACCAUGGAACCCGGACCUUACAGAUCAACAGGCUGUCAUUCGUGUCAUUCGCAAGGGCAUCGAGCUGAGUGGUGGCGACGCACAGGAACCGGCUGAUUGGGAGGUCGAGGUGCAAAAGUCUGGCCCGUUGGCUGAGCAGAAGAGAUGUGCAAAAUGGAAAGCCUGGUGGCGUUUGGGCGAGCUGAAGAACUUCGUUUGA